AUAUAAUUUAAUGAGAGUAAUGUGUAGUAACGGUUUGCAGAAGAAUGGACAAAUAUAUUGAAGCAAAAUAGAAAACCUAGAAAUUGAUUUUUCAAUCCGUUUUCUUCUUCGGUUUCCCUAACAACAUCAUUUCUCAAUGGCCGCAUCACAAACCCUAUCUUCUUCCCUUUCCAAACCAUCCCCUCUCCCUUUCCCUCUCACCAACGCUCGAUUCUCCUCUAAACCUACUCUCCCUUUCCACCUCUCCGACAUCCCCAAACCACUCUUCACCGUUUCCUCUAAAAACCCUAUUUCCGACAUCAUUCUCUCAAAUCAUAACCAAAACAAAACAUCCCUAUCUCUCUCCGAUGACGACGACGACGACGACAAACCUAGAGAAGAGUGCGGCGUCGUCGGUAUUUACGGCGAUUCUGAAGCUUCCCGUCUUUGCUACUUAGCCCUUCAUGCUCUCCAGCACCGUGGUCAAGAAGGUGCCGGAAUCGUUACUGUUAACGAUAACGUCCUUCAAUCAAUCACUGGCGUUGGUUUAGUUUCCGAUGUGUUCAACGAAUCGAAACUCGAUCAAUUACCUGGAAGUUUAGCUAUUGGCCAUGUUCGUUACUCAACUGCUGGCCAAUCCAUGCUUAAAAAUGUUCAACCUUUCGUUGCUGGGUACCGUUUUGGUUCUGUUGGGGUUGCUCACAAUGGCAAUUUGGUUAAUUACCGAACUUUAAGGGCUAAACUUGAAGAAAAAGGUUCGAUUUUUAAUACUACUUCUGAUACUGAAGUUGUUCUUCAUUUGAUUGCAACUUCAAAGCAUAGACCUUUUAUAUUGAGGAUUGUUGAUGCAUGUGAGAAGCUUGAAGGUGCUUAUUCAAUUGUGUUUGUUACUGAGGAUAAACUUGUUGCUGUUAGGGAUCCUUUUGGUUUUCGACCUUUGGUUAUGGGUAGGAGAAGUAAUGGUGCUGUUGUUUUUGCUUCUGAGACUUGUGCUCUUGAUUUGAUUGAAGCUACUUAUGAGAGGGAAGUGUUCCCUGGUGAAGUUAUUGUGGUUGAUAAAAAUGGGAUUCAAUCACUUUGUCUCAUGUCUCAUCCACAACCAAAGCAAUGUAUCUUUGAGCAUAUUUACUUUGCUUUGCCUAAUUCUGUUGUUUUUGGUAGGUCUGUUUACGAGUCUCGUAGACGUUUCGGGGAGAUACUUGCUACCGAGAGUCCUGUUGAUUGUGAUGUUGUCAUAGCUGUUCCUGACUCUGGUGUUGUUGCAGCACUUGGUUAUGCUGCAAAAGCUGGUGUUCCUUUUCAGCAAGGGCUGAUAAGGUCACACUAUGUAGGAAGGACUUUCAUUGAGCCAUCUCAGAAAAUUAGGGACUUUGGUGUGAAGUUGAAGCUUUCGCCGGUUCGUGCUGUACUUGAAGGUAAAAGGGUUGUGGUUGUUGAUGAUUCAAUUGUGAGAGGAACAACCUCAUCAAAGAUUGUGAGGUUGCUUAAAGAAGCAGGUGCAAAAGAAGUUCACAUGAGAAUUGCAAGUCCUCCAAUUAUAGGGUCAUGUUAUUAUGGUGUGGAUACACCUAGCUCAGAGGAAUUGAUCUCUAAUAGGAUGAGUGUUGAUGAAAUAAACGAGUUUAUUGGAUCAGAUUCACUUGCUUUUCUUCCAUUUAAUAGCUUGCAUAAUAUGUUGGGUACUGACUCACCUAAUUUUUGUUAUGCUUGUUUCUCUGGGAAAUACCCUGUUGAACCAAGAGAGCUUAAGGUUAAAAGGGUUGGUGAUUUUGUUGAUGAUGGAUUGAAUGGAAGUUUGGAACAAAUUGAUGGUGGUUGGGUUCAAGCUAAUAGAAAUCAGAAAGAGGUGAAUGCUGCUACUGGUCUUUGAUCAUUGUUCCUGCUACUUGGGAUUUAUUUUUGUUACUCUUUUAUAAUGUUAAGGGUACCUUUGUGAUCUGGUGUGGUUAAAGAUGGUGUCAAUCGAUCUAACCACAGUGGUAGCUCCAUAUAUCAUUCAGAUUCUGAAGGCUAAUGCUUAAUAGUGAUAAAUUUGGAUAUUUAUAUGGAGUUUUUGUCAUCUAGAACUAAGAUUAGAGUACUAUAAGAACAAUGUUGCAUGUUUUGCUUGUUGUUUCUUUUUUCUUCCCUCCUUUUUUUAUCUUCAAAACAACUUGUAAUCGUACAAUUUUGGAUUAUUUAUAUUUGUGCACGUUUCAUCAUUCUCCA